AUGGUUGAUCUACCGAAUCUUUGCGGUAGGGGGUGUGGAUUUUUUGGAAGUGUUGAGAACCGAAACAUGUGCUCUAAGUGCUACAACAAAUGCAAGGAUUGCAAUAAGAAAGUUGGAGUGACGGGGUUCUCAUGUCGUUGUGGCAACGUCUACUGCAGUCGCCAUCGCUUGCCUGAAGAACAUGCUUGCACUUAUGAUUUCAAGGCCGCUGCUCGAGAAAACUUGAAAUUGGUUCGCAUUUGUGCUGAUAAAUUGGACAAGAUACUCUAG